AUGUUGUACAACAAAUACAUCCGCUUAUGGCAGUUACUUAGUCAUGAUGUACCAGAAAAUUUCGACGAAAAAAUUUCUCAUCGUUUUCUUCUCAAAUUGGUCCUUCUGGAUGGAGGCAGCAUUGUCAGUGCAUUGACGCUUCGCUUUCGGGAGUUUUGGUUGACCGGAGAUUCAUUUAUGUUGUACGAUGUUCUUUUCAAUGUGUUUCUUCUGGCAAUGAGUGCCAGUGUCACUAAUCUGUUUGUGGCCGUUUCAUAUCUCGGGGCUCAUUAUUUUCGAUUACUCAACUAUAGAAUUGGAAUGGUCAAUCGGAUGCUGAAGGAACUAGACAAAAAAGGUUACUACUGGCGGUGUAAGCCAACGAAGAAAGUGUGGAUGUACAAUCGUCUUAUCCGAGAGUUACACAAGUUAGCUCGACUGCACGGUGAAGUCAACCAGACCGUACAAAGAUUCAUGGAACUGCAUGAUGUUUCACUUCUGGUUUUGGUGACAAAAAAUUUCGUCGCUAUAAUAGCAGCUUUAUUUGGAACAUUCACCAUGGUGGUUGUGCCACUUCGGAACAAUUCUGUGCCUACGAUCGGAACGUACGGUUACCUUUUAUUCAAAUCCAUUUUUCAUUUCUUCCAAUUCUAUUAUCUUGUGGAGAGUGCCACAUUGUUUACUAAAAGGGGUGAGAAAACCGGAACUUUACUGGGCGACUUAUCGAAGCAAGACUCAAACGAACAAGUGGAUACUUCGAUUGACUCAUUUAGUCUGGAGCUACUCCACCGUGAUCAUAAAAUCAACAACGCUGGACUAUACCAUAUUGAUUUCUCAUUAAUCUAUGCGGCUAUGGCAACAAUAAUAAGUUAUUUGAUAAUUGCAGUACAAUUUCAAAUGACAAAUGAUUAAUUCAAUGAUCGACCACUUUUCACUAGUUCCGAUUUUAAACCAAGCUCAAAAUUGGUUAUCAAGUGACUGCGUAAUU